UGAAAACCAUUUCUGCUGACCAGAAAGUUUUCACCCCCAAUGUCUUGCUUCUUGAAAUUAGGUGGAAGAAGGCUCUUCCUCCUUCUUGAGCUUUGACGCUUGUUUUCACUUUUCUGAAGGUUUCAUGAGUAAUGACACUCACUAUCAAAGAUGUCUUUGCCCUGACGUGCCUUCCUCCUGCACACUUAACUUCUUUUAAGUUUUCGCAUUCAUUCACCUGCCCAAAAGAAGCAAUUGCGCUUUUAUUUGUUGCAAAACGAGUUCAUGGCUUGGGCUCCAUUUUGUACAAUGAAGAGUGUUCGUUUUACCUCUUGUGGCUCUGUAGAUCAUUGUUCAAAAUUACUUCCGAGGAGGAUUAUUUCCACCUAUGUGCUAAUUGCUUGAGCUCAAGCACAAGGAAUUUGAGUAGCCAUGGGCCCUAUGUUUCCGGCUGAUUUUUACAGCAGAGCUAUGGUAUUGGCUUGUGCUUCUCCAUGUAAUGUAAUACCCUAGGGGGUCAUUUAUGGUUUGUUCAGCUUUGGGCAUACACCUAUUUCCAAAGAUGAGUCCAACUCCUAUGGACAGCAUUGGUCCGAUGCCAUGCCAGAUACGACAAGCUCUAGGACAUUCCGUCAUUCAAACAGUGGUUUGAUAAUUCUCCAAAUAUGGUAGAACCUACAAUAUUGUAGAUUUCAAGCCUUUCAAUGAAAUGAAAUUUGGGCUCUUGGAAUUUAAGACCCUAUAUUCUAUGGCAGAUGAUGAUAAGACUCGAGCCAUAUACGCCAACAUUCUCCAAACUUGAGAUUUACUUGUUUUUGGCUAGAGAUAUAUAGUCCUUUUGUUGCACGCCAACUAGGCUUUGAGCAACUAGUAUCUUUUCCCCGAGUCUAUACUGAAAUAACCCAGGUACUCAAGAAGAAGCUUGAGGAAAGAAGAGAUCACUUCUUUUGUGAAGAAGAGUAAAGAUUUGGCAAAGAAGUUCAUUUUUCAGUGUUUUAUACAUUGCUCGGGCACUUCUGCCAAAUUUCAAGACGGAUGGGAUGGAUAUAUGGCAGCUGGUUUUUUUUUUUUUUUUUUUUUUCAUCGCUCAUCACUCAUAAUCCAUCACUUAAAAAUACAUAACUUGUUUGGCACCAUUACAUACUUCCAUUACUCAAUAUUUUUCACACUAUUUAUGGCCAUUUAUGCCAAAGGGUCAGAGCAAACUGUUUUGUUACCCGCAAAAGGCUUUCCUCCCCGUCUUUUUCUCUUUUCUUAUUUUCCCUUUCCGCUUCAGCCCUGUCACUCUCACAAAGCACAAACCCGAACCCAUAAAAAUUUCUCGUUGCAUUUUGAAGGUCAUCAAAGUCCCUGAAGGCUUUGAUUAUGAACUCUGCAACCGCAACGAUAUCAACAGGAUUCUGGGUCCUAAAGCUUCUUGCAUUUCCUUCAAAGACUCUGCUUGUCAUUGCUUUGGCUACAUGGUGUUCAAGAAAAACAUCACAGUCUGUAAAGAAAAUCAUUGAAAUCAAUCCUUACAUGCUUGGCACUAUGGCUGGAGGAGCUGCUGACUAUCAAUUUUGGCACAGAAAUCUGGGCAUUAAGUGCCAAUUGCACGGAUUGGCAAACAAGCACAGAAUUUCAGUGACAGGGGCAUCAAAGCUGUUGGCAAACAUUCUGUACUCUUACUGUGGAAUGGGUCCGUCUGUUGGGACCAUGAUUGCUGGAUGGGAUGAGAUUGUAAAGACACAUGACUGUAUCAUGUCAUGUUAUUUUGUACUCUUUUAAGCAGACUCUUGUAAUUUGUAAUUUCUAUGGGUUGUAGAUAGUAUUACUUUCCUUUAAAUAUCAGAUAUAAGAGCAAGAAUUAGGGACUGAAUUGUAGGACUGAAUUGAGGACUGAAUUUGUAAUUUGUAUUCUUUACUCCUCCUCCCUGCUUUCUGCCCAGGUUUAUGGAUGUAUGGGAGGACUGAAUUGAGGGCUAAGCAUUGAAAUUUGAAAGAGUUCCUAGAAUUUUGUAAUUUCAGGCAAGAA